CAAAACUAAUGACAGUCUAGCCUAGCUGUCAAAACGUGUAAACAAACAAUCAAAUCUGUCAGGUUAGAGUCGAGGAUAAGAAUUUCAAACAAUAAUCAAUAUUUUCAUCAUAGAUAUAACAAUGUCCGACGAACUGUUGACCAGGGAGAAUAAAUUUUACGAAUUGAACGGCGAGUUGGAAAGAAAAACUAGGGAGCUUAUGAGGGAAGUGAAUUCAGUCGUAAGUACGACGCGUUUAUUCGACGGCGAAGCCGCUUACCAACGUCUAGUAAAUAAUUCGAAGUCGAAAAAUGGGGAGCGGGAUAAACCCUUAACACAAAUCGCUGACUCUGUUACAAAAGAUUCAGAGUCUGACGCAAGUUUGCCGCGCUUCUUGAGCAGAUCAAAGAAGGAUAAAGAUACCUCUGACAAUGGAAGUUACGAGGAAAGUUUCGAGAAGCGCAACGACGCUGUGGUGAGAUUUUUCAAAUCAAAGGCAAAAAUCCUGGAGAGCGAGCUCGAAGCCAUCAAGCUAGAAUACAAAAAAAAGUGUGAUUACAGCGGCGAGCUUCAAGCGGAGAAUAAAAAACUUAUCCAACAUCUUCGUGGUAAAUUACAGGAUCAGAAUGAAGUGGAAAAGGCGGAAUCUGCUGUCGUGAAGAAUGCAGAAGAGGCAAGAAACGCCAAUCAAGACAAAUUCAAAGCAGCCCCAGAGGAUUUACAGAUACAGGUAGAAGGAGCUCAGUAUGUGGCACUCGAUAAAUCACCGACAAAUAGGGAACCUGUGAUUGCAGUUCUGGUAUUUUCAUGCAAUAGAGUUACUGUGAAGAGAUGUCUCGAUCAGCUGAUCAAACUGAGGCCAAGUGCCGAACAAUUUCCUAUCAUUGUCAGUCAGGACUGCGAACACGAACCGACUACGAACGUGAUUCAAAGCUACGGAGAACAACUGACGCACAUAAGACAACCGGACCAAUCGGACAUAGACGUUCCCCCAAAGGAGAAAAAGUUCAAAGGAUAUUUUAAGAUAGCUCGACAUUAUGGCUGGGCAUUGAAUCAAAUCUUCUUAGAGUUUGGAUUUGAGACCGCAAUCAUCGUUGAAGACGAUUUAGACGUAGCUCCAGACUUUUUCGAGUACUUUCUGGGCACCUACCCUCUGCUCGUUAAAGACAAUUCUCUUUGGUGCAUUUCGGCCUGGAACGACAAUGGAAAAUCUGAACUGGUCGACGACAGUGGUCACCACUUAUUAUAUCGUACAGAUUUUUUUCCUGGCCUUGGCUGGAUGCUCACGAAGGAUAUUUGGAUGGAGUUGGGGCCAAAAUGGCCAAAAUCAUACUGGGAUGACUGGAUUAGAAAACCAGAGCAAAGAAAAGACAGGGCUUGUAUUCGACCCGAGCUGUCCAGGACGCGAACGUUCGGAAAAAUCGGAGUUAGCAACGGGAUGUUCUACGAAAAGCAUCUGAAGUUCAUUAAGCUUAACGAUGUAUUUGUGCCUUUCACCAAAAUGAAUUUAACUUAUUUAUUAAAAGAUAAUUACGACAUGGCCUUCGUCAAUGAAGUCUAUAAGUCGAGGGUGGUAAACUAUUCGGAACUGAAAAGUGACACGCUACCAAAAUCUAGCCCAGUGAGGAUUCCCUACCACACUCGUCAGGUGUAUAAAAAUACAGCAAAAAUGCUCGGCCUGAUGGACGAUUUUCGGAGCGGUGUGCCUCGCACGAGUUAUCGUGGUGUUGUAACCUUCUUCUACCGCGGCAGAAGGGUGCAUUUGGCACCGAACGCCAACUGGGCCGGCUACGACAUAACGUGGAGCUAACACAGAGCUCUCUACAGAAACGAAAACGAUCUUUAGAGCGCUCAACGAGUGAGCCAGAUCGGGUAUCUUCUUUCUUUUCUUCUCCUUUUGUAAUCUUGCCUAUAAUUCAUUACCGCGAAAGUCUCCAACCUCCGAAGGAUCUUAUAUCUAUUGAGUAUCGAUAUUUAAACACGUAAAUACCUAUGUACCUAAAAGGCGCGCGUAGUUUCGUAUCUCCUCAACUUCGUACAACGUCAACGCAUCGCUGAACUUAUCAAUCAAUAUUAUAUGCAUAACGAUUGAGCAUUAUUGACAAACGCGCGAUUUGCAGAUCGCUGAAACGCGUCGGAAUUGUGCGACAAAACUUAUUAGGUAUUCAUAUUUAUAUCUAUUUUCAUUCUAUCUCUCUCUCUCUCCCUCCCUCUCUCUUUCUGUCU